AUGGCUCGUGUUGUGAAACCACGAGGUUCCGUCUGGAACCCCCGAACCGUGACUGCUCCCAUCGCUGCAAUUGUCAUGGCAGGGCUCCUCUAUACCUACUCGGUCACCUCGAUCAGAGCCGCGAAACGAAAUGCCCAGCUUCACAGGGAAGCAGACGGUGGACAGUUGGACAUGCGCAAGGAGAGCUUGCGCCGACACGGUGUCCUCGAUCCAGUGCAAGGCACUUCGGGCAUUGAGCUCUUCAGGAGCGCCCGCCCCGAUUCGAAGGAGGAGUCCAAAUUCUUGACUGACAAAAAGGCCAAACCAUUGGGCACAGAACAGAAGGAUGAGAUGGGCAUGCCUCGCACACAAAACGAAAGCAUCCUCGAGGGCUACAGAGGCGCAGGAGGUCUCCAGAAAUUUAAAGACGGACGUCCACAAGAAUAG